AUUAGAUUCCCAGGUUAUCCUUAAUGCUCCGCUGCUUCUUGUGCCCUUUAAUCACGACGUUCACAGAAUCACAUCCCCUGUUUGUCAAUUCCCUGUCUUUGAAUUACUGAAAGGGUCGUCUGACUCCUCCUAACAUCCGGGACGGGAGGUGGGACGGGAGGUGAGCAGCAGGCAGCCAGACAUGUCGACCAUACCUGGAGCAAUUGCACACAACCAUGACUUAAUCAUGAGACAGAGAGGUUAAGGCUCCUGUUGAGCAGUCCAUGGAUUGAUCAACAACAACAAGCGAAAACAAUGUCUACCAGUGCGCUGGAUCGACCGUACUGGAAGAUUCAUUUAUGCGAGUGUGGAUGGGAACUGUGAGGCUUGAAUGGCCGAGCUCUGCCUGUAAAAAGAUUUUCCUGCAGCUUAUGCCAGAAGGCAAGUAGCCCUACCGCGUUUGUAGCGGUAGGGCUACUUGAAUGAAUAGAGGAGUGAGACGGAGGAUGAGCAAUUCUCACGUCAACAGAGAUCUCAGGAGUUGAGAAAGACCUGAAAACACUAGUGAAAGUCUGUUGCCAGUCUUGCCAAUCACAAGCUACCUAUUUCUACGUUCAGGCACUUGGGUUCUGGAGUUCUGCACCUGGGGGCACUAGACUGCUGCUGCGGACUCCAAUAUUGACUUCUCUAAACGAAAUUGGAAGAAGAAGCCUUUAGAUGGACUCUUCUUCUCCAGCAUACGAUCAAUCAUGACCCAUGAGCCCCCAGCCCUGGCCUGCCUUGUCCACCUGCUCCUGCUAUAGGCUCAACACGGUUGAAACCCCGGCCACAAUAGGCAACCUGGUCCCGUCCACGUGGUUUUCUUCGAGACCUCAAUUGUCAGUGACAGAGCUCGGUGAAAUUUCUCGUUUCCCAGCCUGCGUUCCACCUGGGAGGCUUUAAAGCUUCGUUGAAGGUUCCGCCAUACUUACUUCAUUACUAUCUUGAGCUAUCCCCUGAACUGAAUCUGCUGCUGUUCGUCCAAGUUCUUCCCCUUUUGAGAGAUGUUCAGCUGUAAAAGCCACGUAGAUAAGGAUCUGCCUUAGGCUCUGUCCUUUUCCACACCCUCCCUCUUUCUGCUCUCGGUUCCUGUCGUUGUUCCACAUCGUUAAUGGUGGUUGUUUUUGAGGAAGAAGCGAUCUUUGGCCCAACGGCCCAUGCUUGAUUUGGACGAAUUUUGAUCGAUUUCAGCUCUGACCAAUCUCCAGUCAGAGUCAUAUUCAACUUGGCGACUAAACAUCAUGGAAACUGUGGAGAAAUCCAGUGAAAAAUCUGAGGCAAUGGACGGUACGAAGGACCCUGCUCAAGUGCAUCAAGAUGAGGUCGACGCGCUAAGAGCCAAGGUGGCGCAGCUAGAGCACGAGAGAGAUACGCAACGAGAUAAGAAGCUUGCGUUCAAGGUGCAGGCCACCCGCCUGGGUGAUGCUCUUAGAGCUUGCAGAGAGUUGGCACUAGAGAAAGGCUUGGACUUGAGAGGAGUUGGAGUUGUGGAAGAGAAGGCUGCAUCAGAAGCUAUUUCAGAAGAUACAGAUGCUGCUGACACGUCGAAAGAAAAUGGUAACAGCUCCAAGGCUACGCCAGCAUUGACAGCGUUAAGAGCUGAAGCGGAGAAGCAUGGCUGGCUGAUUCAACCUAAAAUUGUGGAGUUGCACGAGCAACUUGGGCAUGGUGCGACUGCAGACAUUUACAGAGGUCAAUGGCACGGCUUAGACGUUGCGGUGAAGUGUCUACGUCCGACUUGUUUCGGGGAAAACAUGGAAGGUGUUGAUGUGUUUGUUCGAGAGGUGGAAGUUCUUUCUAAACAGAGGCACCCUUAUGUUUUGAAAUUGUAUGCGACCGUCCUGUCUCCUCCUGAGCAUGCGUGGAUCAUCACCGAGUACUUGGCAAAGGGUACCUUGAUGCAAUGGCUACAUGGUACCAAGAAACGUGAGUGGAAGAGAAUCAUUCCUCUUCCACCCCUCAUUCAAAGACUCCAGAUCGCCACAGAGAUCUCCAUUGGCAUGCAAUAUUUACACGGGCGAAAUCCUGUGGUGAUGCAUCGUGACUUGAAGCCCAGUAAUAUUUUUCUGGACGAAAAUCUCCACGUGCGAAUCGCUGAUUUUAGUUUUUCACGCUACAAGCUUUCCGACAAAGAGGUCUACACCGGCGAAACAGGUACAUAUUUAUACAUGGCUCCGGAAGUCAUGAGGCAUGACUACUACGACGAGAAAUGCGAUAUCUACAGCUUUGCCAUCAUGCUUUGCGAGCUCGUGACAGGGCAUCCACCCUACAUCGACGAUUACAUGACACCUGUACAGAUUGCUUGUGGAGUAGCCGAUGGGUCUCUCAGGCCAACGAUUACAGAGGAUGUGAAACCACCACUCAAAAGCUUGAUCACGAAAUCAUGGGAUCAAAUACCUUCGAAAAGGCCCACCUUUGCCGAAAUCACAGCCACCUUGAAGAUAGCAACCAACGAGGCGAUUCAAAAGGCCGCCAACCCUGAACCUGUCGAACAAAGCUCAAUUCGACAUGUACAUGCCGCCGGGGAACAAAUACAUGACUUCUUCUCUGGGUUCUUAGGCAAGAAUCAUACUAUCACAACCCCUCCAUCCAGCUAAUGUUUCGAGAAAGCACCCGUUCCUGUUCCACAUUUGUGUGAAUAUGUGCUGUUGAACUCGCCAUGCUGCAAUGGACCCUUGACAAGUGUAUAUAUCUCGUGCUUCAAAGAGUUCAGAGCAGUAACUCACGGUGUGGAGGGUGAACCAUCUCUGUCUUUUUCAGAUUACAUAUACUGAAGAGCCUGGUACAUCAGUUGGGGUCACACACUCUUGUCAACCUUCUCUGUCGAUGCACAACUAGUGGCUUUCACAGUCCGGCAAUCCGAUCAGCCCGUCCUGUCCGUGCUUCCUAGACAAACCUUUCUCCCGUCGAAGCUCACAGAGGUGUCGAGAUCUCGGGAAGUCAAACCAAAAAAAAAACCGUCUUUCUGUACAGAAUGUUGCUUCUUUCUCUUUGGCAAGUUUGUUCAAGAGGUGGAGAGAGAUCUCGGAUUUGGCCCGCCUCCGUCCAUCUUUCGAUGUGUACACAUACAUGCAUAUAAUAAAACUCAAAGCUUAAAGCUC